AUCGAUGAUUCUCCACCUCCAAUCAUGAGCAAUGUGUGAAUGAUGAUAACAUAAAAAACGCACAACAAACUGACGCUUAAAAUUAGCAGAGACAACUGCAGCCAGGCCGGGCUUGAUUGGGGAAGCAACAACAACGUACUUGGCUAACGACACGUCAACAGAAUACAACACAAAAAUGUAUUGCCUGCAAUGUUUAUUACCUGUGCUGCUGAUACCAAAGCCAACGAAUCCAGCGUUAAUGGAAACGCACGUCAUGUUCAUAGUGCUCUAUUUGAUUGGAUUCUUUUUGGAGCGCAAGCCGUGCACCAUAUGCAGUCUGGUGUUUCUCACAGCCGUCUCCCUAAUCUGCUACAGCGGCGUUGGCAACUGCAUCUUCUGGGGCAACUGCGAGGGACAUCAUUGCGAGAAUGGCUAAGCGGCAACAGCAACCACAACAACAAAAUAUGCUGCAUCCCAUCCUCUAACAACAAUCAUCAGUCUAGCAAAAUAGUCAACGACGAAACGAUAACACGGUGCAGAACAUACAAGAAGAAGAAGAGAACGUGUGCUAAAUAUAGAAAAAUAUAUAUAAAUCAUGAACAAUUUGCAUAUUAAUCGACAAACAACAACAAAAUAAAGGCGAAAAGAGUUACAAGCGAAACAAUCAGUGAUAAAAAGUGAGUGAGUUAACAGAGUUCUGUUACGUCUAUGUAAAGUGUGUGAUUUAACAGAGUUCUGUUACGCCUACGCCUGUUAGCAGUGAAAAACCUUGGAGAGACUAAAAACCAAAACCAUGAACGAAACUGAAACCGAAACCGACUUCAUCCCAACGUUCGAUCGCUCGCAUAACCGUUUCUGCUGCUCGUUCUACAUUGCGUAUUUUUAGUUGAUAACUUAGCUAAAUGUUUCCCAAACCAAGAUCCAUCUCCCCAUCCGCAUCCCCAUUUGAAGUGUAUUAUUUAAGAAGCGCUACAAAAUGUAUUGUAAAUGUGUGGUAAUGGUAAUUGCAAACCUCCCAGCUUCCCUCCCCAAUCGCUGUUCAGUCCGUCAAUGCAAUUCUACAAUUAGUCAUAUAUAAAUAUUUAUAUUAUACAUA